UCAUAACCAAAUUGAAUUCAUUUAAUCAAUGACGCAAUUCCUGAAAACUUGUUUCAUUAAUCAACUAGCGAGAAAUAUUAAUUGUUAAAGAUUAUCUUAUUCCAAUAUAAUAAUUACCACUGAUAAUGAUCGUUACAAUUGAUUAAGAUUAGUUUUUAAGCUUGAUUGAUAUGAUGACUGAGGCUCAGUUGAUUUAAUUGUUUCUUUGUGGAAACGUAUUAUUCAAGGAUAUCAACAAUUACUUAAAUUAAAUUUAUUGAAAAAAGAAAAUGAUUAACAUUAUUGUUACUCUAAGUUUAAUUGUUUGGGUUAAUUGUGAAAAUGUUUAUUCGCCACCCGAACCAAUUGAAAUUGAUACUAAACGAACUCCUUGUGAAUUAAUUGAAUCUCGCAAUUUUAUUUGUGAUCAACAUUGGAUCUUGACUGAUGAUGGUUACAUUUUAACCGCUCACCAUUUAAUUAAUCCAGUUCUGGUUUCAGCAAAUAUAACAACAAUUAAACCAGUAGUACUACAACACGCUCUUCUCGGAUCAGUUAAUCAUUUCCUGAUUAACGCUGAAGGUGGAUUUGCCUCUGAUUGGACUGACGAGCAAUCGAUUGAAGUUAAUUUAGCAAUCGAAGGGCGUAAUUUACCUUACCUAUUAGCUAAUUUAGGUUAUGAUGUUUGGAUAAUUAAUUCGAGAGGUAAUAAGUAUUCACGAAAUCACACUUGGCUCGAUCCUGAUUCCAAUUCAGAAUUUUGGAAAUUCUCAUAUGAUCAGAUGAUCAGUUACGAUGCUCCAGCGACAAUUGAUUACAUUUUACGUGAAACUGGACAUGAGACUUUGGCCUGGAUCGGCCAUUCGCAGGGUAGCAUGGUGCUUUUUGGUUUUCUUUCAGAGAAACCCGAGUAUUCAGCCAAGAUAAAACCUUUUAUCGCCCUCGCACCGGUCACAACCGUAGGUCACAUUAAAUCACCGAUUAGAUAUAUAGCCGAUAUACCGUUAAUCAAGUCAAUCGCUACUCUAAUUGGAGGGGAACUUAAUCUUCCUGAAACUUUGAUUAACCUUUUCGCUAAUCGAGUUUGCGAAUGGACUGGAAUCAAGGGAAUUUGUACUUCGAUUUUCUAUCUCUUCGGUGGUUACGAUCCUCAACAGUUCAAUACAACUCGUCUUCCGCUUUACAUUGCUCAUGGUUUCGAAGGCACUUCCUGGUGGAAUCUGGUUCACUUUGGACAGAAUAUUAAAAGUAAUCGAUUCGCUAAAUUUGAUUUCGGACUAAUUGGUAAUCUCCGUAAAUAUGGUUCAUGGAAACCACCACAAUAUAAUUUAGCUGAAAUCGACUCCAAGAAUAUUAUAUUAAUCUCUUCACCAAGCGAUCCAUUAGCUGAUCCAGAUGAUAUUGAACAAUUGCGAAAAUCGUUACAAGUUCCUAUCACUCAAUUCAUUGUUUCACAACCAAAGUUUUCACACUUGGAUUUCAUCUGGGGAAAAGACGUUUAUUCAAAUGUUUAUAAAAUGCUCGUUAAAUUGUUGAAAGAUUUUAGUUAAUCAAUCAAUCAAUUUAACUCAUUUGCUGUCAUUUCCAACCUUCGAUUUGAUUUAAUUCAUGAAAUACUUCCAAUAAAUUAUAUAGCUAUUUAAUUUUUCAUUCAA